AUGAGUGAGGAAAAGGGGGGCUCAGUCCCCCCUUAUCCUGAUACUUCUUCUCCGGCUAAAAUUGCAAUGACUAAUAAUCCCGAAAAAAAUCAAAAUCAGACUUCCGACAAUAAUUCUCAGGAAGAAAAAAAGAGCCAGAGAUCGAAAUACAGGCCAGAAGCCAGAUCCAGAAAGCCAUUGCAGAGCCAGAGAUCGAAAUAUAGAGCAGAAGCCAGAUCCAGAAAGCCAUUGCAGAGCCAGAGAUCGAAAUACAGGCCAGAAGCCAGAUCCAUAAAGCCAUUGCAGAGCCAGAGAUCGAAAUACAGGCCAGAAGCCAGAUCCAGAAAGCCAUUGCAGAGCCAGAGAUCGAAAUACAGAGCAGAACCAGAUCCAGAAAGCCAUUGCAGAGCCAGAGAUCGAAAUACAGGCCAGAAGCCAAUUCCAGAAAGCCAUUGCAGAGCCAGAGAUCGAAAUACAGAACAGAAACCAGAUCCAGAAAGCCAUAGCAGAGCCAGAGAUCGAACUACAGAACCAGAAGCCAGAUCCAGAAAGCCACUACAGAACCUACAAACUACAGGAUCACUUGCACAGCCAUUCCAGAACCAGGAGAGCCGCAACGUCCAGAAACAUAAAGAAAAAACCGUAAGUUUUUGA